CCGCGGCGUACCUGCGAGAGGAGCUCAAGGGAUGCGCUUGCGCCGUGCUCUCGUCGCCCGCAACCAGCCGCCGCUUCUCGUACUGGUUCGACCAGGAGAGCACCUCUGCCCGCGCCUCCGCGACAUCGGGAGCGGGAUCGACCUGCAGGCCGUUCGGGCGCUUGCCGAGGCGGGCGGCUUCGGCCCGUGGCAGCGCUGCCAGCUCUUUGUCGGCGGCGCCUCUGCCGCAGGCGCGCGAGUCCUCCGCCAGAUCAGCAAGUUGCGAAGCGCGCGGUCGAUACUCCAUUUCGACCAGUACGACAAUUUGUUCGUGCAGAUCUCGGGCUGGAAGCGGUUCCGCGUCUACGACCCGCAGCAGACGAGGCGCCCCUGCCCGUGCCUCUACCCGUUCCCGAUCCACCACCCGCUCGACACACGCGCCCAGGUCGACCUCGAGGCUCCCGACCUGGCCGCCUUCCCGCGCCUCUCCGAGGCGGUCUGCAGCGAGGUGCUGCUUGGCCCCGGCCAGGCCCUCUUCCUCCCCGCCUACUGGUGGCACGAGGUCGUGACCGAGCCCCACGACGGCCUCACCGUCUCGGCCAACUUUUGGUUCGCCGCCGUCUACCGCCUCCUCACGCCGACCCGCCCGCUGGUGCCGUCGAUGCAGUGCGAGCUCGCGCGCCAGCUCGAGUACCUCGUCUCGGACUGCCUCUCCGACCGCGCGCGCCUCGUCCCCGCCUUCUUCUCCGCGCUCCGCGCCGCGGUCGAGGCGGUCCACGCCGCGGCGGACGCGCGCUCCGCCGCCGCAGAUGCGGCGAGGGCGGACGCGGCGGCGAGCGAGGCGCUGCACGCGCGGCGGCCUGCUGGAGUCGUGCCGCAGGAGUGGCAGGGCUUGUUUGAGUACGUGGUCCGCCAGCUCGGCUCGCUCGUCGGGCACGGGAGCGUGCUCCGCUUCUGCCUCGACUUGCUCGACGGCGGCCGGUUCGCGCGGUUAACUCUGGGGUGAGGCGGCGGCGGGGAGGUGAGAGGUGCCGCGCGCGAGCAUGGACGCGACGGCUCCUAAAGUCUCCAGAUACAGUAUUAAACGCAUCUCUGCCGGAGUGUGACGA